GGAUAUUGUGGCAAAGUGUUUUAUCUAGAAAAGGUUGUGAUCGUGGAUACAGGAUAUAUCAAGCUAAAAGGUUUUACGCGAAUUACGAAGAAAGGAUGUUUUUGUGUUCGGUUUCGGCUGCGACCGCAGCGGUCGCCAGGUGCAGUUUGAGUUUGGGUGUUUAUCAAUUUUAUCUCGGAUGGUUUUACGGUGACUAGUGCGUGGAGUGACCUGUGGCCGUUCCCGUGUGCGAGAAAGGUUAAUUCAAAUUUGAAUAUUGCAUCCUCAAGACGGUGUGCCCUUGUGUAUUUGUGUGCUUUUGGCGAAAUGCGAUCGUGCAGCGUGCAGUGAUCGAAACCGUAUCCGUGGUUGCUGGUGAUCCCUGUCGGUGCCUCUAGACUAUCGGUUUCGCUAUCGAUCGAUCGAACGUUCGGCGGAGUGAAAGAUACCAUCCAAGGGAGCACGCGAAGGUGUCGCGCAUUACUGCUUCAGCGCGUCGCACGAGACACACACACAUUUAGUGACCACUGCUGCGGGCUCGGUGGUGGAACGUUAUGGUUGCAUGCUGGUGGACUGCCCGCUACCAUUUACCUACCAAGCAGCUACCAGCUGUUGUCGUCAUCCAUCGAGUUCCCUCUCGAUAACACUCCGGUGUUGCCAGGUCGGACAGAAGAGUCGCGCCGCAGAAGAAGACCACGAGAGGCCACGCGCCCUGGCUGGCAAGUGGAUCGGAACGGUGGUAGCACCAGCCUCCAGAUAGCACACCGAGGGACAUCGAGCGAGAGGAGCGUGAAAAGAGAGUUCGGUUUGCACGUAACCGACGGAAAGCGAAAAUGGAGAAAUAUGUAACCGUCGUUUCGGUCGAUGAUCAUCUGCAGACACCGACGACGCUGGCGACGACGCCGUCCCAGACGCAAACGGUCAGCACUAACGGAGGUGCAGCAGUCACGGGACCAGAGACGGUCCGCGGUCCAGUUGUACCACUGAACGGUAACCUUGAAGGUAAACGAAACCAGGAAGCAAGGAUGGACCGCCCCGAGGACUCACAGUUCGUGACCGUACUCUCGAUCAACCCGGGUGCGGAUGGCGUACGGGACAGUGACGGCGGCACCGAAGAACCGAACGCACCGGAAGUGGUGCUCGUGUACCGGUUACCGGGUGAACGGCUUGGUUUCGGACUCAAAUUCCAAGGUGGCACUCGGAGUAACGAAAAGAUUCAACGUCUGUUCAUACAAUCCUGCGCGGAGAACAGUCCAGCGUCGCGCGUUCUGGCCAGUUGGGGCCACCUGAGGGAAGGGGAUGAAAUCCUGGAGAUCGAUGGUGUCAGUGUCACGCGGAUGACGCGCAUCGAGUGUGUCAAGUGCCUGAAGGAUAGUAACGUCGCGAUCAAACUGUUGGUGCGGAAUGGUGAGGGAAAGGUGCAGAACUUCUUCCCCGACACUGGCCGCACGUCCCCAAGGUUGGAGAAUGUCGGGGAGCUACCGGAACGAAAGAGUGCCCCACCACCACCACCGCCCGUUCCACCGAGAAAGCUCAACAAACGGAACAAAGUGGCCACCAACAGCAAUGGGAGCACCACGGAGCAACCAGCAACGACGAGUAAUGGUCAUGGGCAGAAGGAGGAGAUGGUUGGUAGUCCGAUGAUCGCUUCACAGAAACAUACCACUCCCGGGCUGGAACUGGCCACCGGUGGACCACCGGAUGCGGAAUCGUACAGCAAUCUGUUCGCCGACGAUAUCAGCGAUCUCAUCUCGGAAUCGGAUGAUACGGCCAGCACCAUCUCGACGGUGGUGGACAAAUUUUCCAUCUGCUCCAGUCUCUCGUCGGAGGAUUACACGAUCCCUUCGAACGGGGCCGGUCCGAUGGGUAUUGGGGCGAGUUUGGAGCUGGCCAAAGCCCUCAAACCGUUCACGCUGCUCGAGCAGGAGUUCAAUCUGGAGAGCAAGUUCGAACCGACCAAUCUGUUUACGUUCAAACCUCCGCCACCGGUGGUGGCAGCAUCGACGGUGCAGGUAACGAGCUCGGUGGCCACAAAGACCUCAACACCGGCCUCGGGCAGCAACGUACUGCAGCUGGAAGUGGCCGGCGAUGGGGGAGAGUACGAGAACGUUACGAUCAUGAAGGUGGAUGAGAACCGGAACUAUGAGAAUGUGGCCGUGCCGUACGGUCCGUAUGAGAACGUCACGAUCCAGACGGUGCAACCGUACGAGAAUAUGGUGCUGAGUCGGGCCGCUAACCGGCGUCGGUUGUCCGUGACAGAGAAGGACGCAGAACCGGAGGAAGCCAGUUCCGGCGGUGUGUACGAACAGAUGGAUCUGAAGGCACAGGUUCCACCGCGUCCACUGCCAAGACAGGGUUCGACCGGGGCCAUCGUAGAACCGAAAAAGCGGACACCGAUUCCGGUUCCCAUUCCGAUUGUUGUCCCUCCGCCACGCCUGAAACCGGCGACGACAACUAUGGAGGGCGUCAUGCCGAGUGUCGCUCCACUCGGUCCCGAGUACAAUACGAUCCAGAGCUGGCU